AUGGAUGUAUUUGGACGUACAUUACAUGAUAAACUUCAAUACAAAUAUAAUAAUCAAGAUUUUAAGCAUGUUCGUUGUGCAACUCAUGUAUUAAACCUUGCUGUCUCAGAGGAUCUUAAAAAGAUUUUUCAAAUAAAUGAAAGGUCAUUUCUUGUACCUGAUUUGGAUGUGCCUUUCUGA